AUGGUUGCUCCAGAGAAAUGCAUAGGGAAUGUGGUGGCUGUGAAGAGUUCAAUGCCUCACUCAAUAGGUUCAUUGAUGAGAGAAGAAAGUAUAAUCAGAUCGUUGAUUGGUUGUGAAGAAUUGCUUCAAUGCCAUUUUGGCCAAUUCACUAUUGAGAAGGGUGAAUUCAUCUAUAAUCUUGGCUUUCUUGCAUUCAUCAAGCUGGAGUUGUUCAAGAAUGAUGCUGAGUAUUGUGAUUUAAAGCCCGAUAACAUUCUUCUCUUUCCUUCAUCCAAGAAUGAUGCAAAGUAUCAACUCAAGAUUGCAGAUUUUGGAUUGUCCAAGACUAAAGAAGAGAUUAUCAAUGCUGAGAACCCUCCAACUUCAAAGGAGAUGAUUCCAACUACAAAUGAGAUGAUGUACAAGCUUGCUGUCUUUGAAGAAGCACCAAAGAUUCCUAAUGGAAUAAGUGAGGAUUGCAGAGAUUUCUUGAGCAAACUUUUCAUCAAGAAUCCUAGUCAGAGAUGGACUGCUAGCAAGCUUCUCCACCAUCCUUUUCUAUUUUCUCCAUAUGAUUCUUUUAGAGGUUAUGAAAGAUUUCAUAUGAGGAACCCUCCAACUUCAAAGGAGAUGAUUCCAACUACAAAUGAGAUGAUGUACAAGCUUGCUGUCUUUGAAGAAGCACCAAAGAUUCCUAAUGGAGUAAGUGAGGAUUGCAGAGAUUUCUUGAGCAAACGUUUCAUCAAGAAUCCUAGUCAGAGAUGGACUGCUAGCAAGCUUCUCCACCAUCCUUUUCUAUUUUCUCCAUAUGAUUCUUUUAGAGGUUAUGAAAGAUUUCAUAUG